UGCUCAUAGAUGGCAUUACACUUUAUUCCUUAUGUGUUUGUCAGUCCGCAGUUACUCCCCGGGUAUCAGGGGAGUACGGUCACCGAGACAGAUCGGGAUCUAGAGCGGGCAUGGCAUCCAACAGGGUCUCUUUCUCACAAUACCGCCUGGAAGCGGAGAUCGACCGCCACAGAGCAGAGUGCCAGUGGGACAAGAUACCCACUAUCGUAGAGCAACUCGUGGCCGCCCGAUUUCACGAAGACGAUGACUACGGGACACUGUUAUUGGCAGAGGCCCUGCUGGAGGAGUGUCUACAGGACAACCUGAGUCUGUUACGCAAUGCUACACCUUUGACGGACAUCAACCAGCCCAAACUGUCCCGGUCAAAGGGCUACCUCAACUCCAUCCUGAGCAGGGGGCUCCUGGGGCCCAGGCACCUGAACGAGGCUCUUCUCCUGAUGGCCAAAAUACACUAUGUCCAGGGCGAUUACCGUGACGCCCAGGGCAUGUGUGCAAGGGUGGGCAUAGAUGAGCUGACGGGGGACGAGCAGCCCGUCUACCACCUGCGUCUGCUCGCAGAGGCCUUUGUCAUCAAAGGGCUGUCCCUGGACCACCAGGCAGUGUCAGCUGCCUCCCGUGUCCGUCUGUCUGAGCGAGAGGAGGAAUGUCUGUCCUGUUACCUGAGGGCCUGUGACACAGCUCUCGUUUACCUGCAAGAGCUCGAUAAGAUGGUGGUCACCCAUAGUUCUAAAGUAGGUAAGGCCAGUUUGGCCCAUCCACCACUGGACAUCGACCUGGGCUUCUUCCAGCAGGCGGCGCUACAGAGUGCGUACCUGUGUCUGCUCCAUAGGGGUCACCUGGCCCAGGGAGCCCACCAGCUGCGCAGGGUCCUCGGGGUGGUGGAGUCUCGAGGCUCCCAGAGCUUCAGGAAGGCUGCAGCGCGGAAGCUGGCUGAGGUGUUGCUGAGCUCGGUGAGUGAGGACAGCUACUGGGCCCCCAUGUCCCUCCCACCCUCCGCCUGGCUGCAGAGAGAAGGGAACGCCGGCACGAAGGAGGCCGUCUACCCCUCCUCCAAACCACCUCAGCGCUACAGUACUGACAGUGUCUUCUGUCCCCAGGACGUGGUCGAGGAGGCAGUCCUCCUGCUGCUCAUCACAGAAUCCAUGGCCAGCGGAGACGCAGUCAUCAGCCGAGUGCCCGACCAUAAGGAGGCGCAGGAGACCAGUCUGCAGGACGCCACCUCUGUCUACGACCUGCUGAGCAUCGGCAUGGCCAGGAGGGGGCAGUAUGCCAUGCUGUCUGAGUGCCUGGAGCGGGCCAUGAAGUUCUCGUUUAAUGAGUUCCACCUCUGGCACCAGUUGGGCUUGUCACUCAUGUCGUGUGGGAAGGGUGUGGGCGCAGUGUCUGUGCUCAAGGAGUGUGCCAGGAUGAGACCCGAGGACCCCUCAUUGCCCAUGUUGGCUGCCAAAGUCUGCAUCGGCCAGCUGCACUGGCUGGAGGAGGCAGAGGCCCUGUCUCAGAGUGUGGUGUCCAUGGGAGAGGAGGCUGCAGAGUUUCUGCCCCGUGCGUACCUGACUGUGGGGCUGUGCUGCAGUCUGCAGGCCUCUGACGCCACUCUGAAAGCUCAGCGGGAUGGGUUUAACAGACGAGCGCUGGAAAAUCUGCAAAAAGCCUAUGCACUGGACCCCAAUGAUGCUAAGAUCGCCCUCUACCUGUCGCUCCAGCUGGCUCUUGUACGGCAGGUGGCAGCUGCCAUGGAUCCCCUGCGGGUGGCUCUGUCUCUGCGUCGGGACGACCUGCACUCUCUCCACCUGCUGACCCUGCUGCUCAGCGCCCAGAAACACCACCAACACGCCCUCGAAACCCUCACACUAGCCCUCAGUCAACACCCCGAGAACUUCAACCUGCUGUUCACUAAGGUGAAGCUGGAGGAGGCUCUGUAUGGGCCAGGUAUAGCACUCCAGACCUGCCAAGACAUGCUGCAUCUAUGGCAGAGGCGCUAUGACUUCACACGCACCAGUGAGUGGGAUGACAGCAGCAGUAUCCACCCACCAGAGCCACUUCCACUCAGCCACAAACCCAGCGGUCUCCACCUCACCCUGCCAGACUUUCAGGACCCUGAGACUGCUCUGUCUGGGUCAGGUUCUCAGAGUGGUCCGUCCCUCGCUGCGUCUCGUCUGGAGCAGGCCACUUCAGAGGUGUCAGCCAUCAGCUCCGCCCACAGACAGGGUCCCGCCUACAUCUGGACCACCCUGGAGCACAUCUGGCUGCAAGCAGGAGAGUUGUUCAUGGCAGAGGGGCGUGCGAAGGAGGCCCAGUUCUGUGUCCAUGAGGCAGCGGUGCUCUUUCCCAACUCCCAUUCUGUGUUGCUGCUGAGGGCCCGGCUGGCCGAGCUCAAAGGGAACCAGGACGAGGCCAAGAGCUUCUAUGACGAAGCCCUGGCCAUCCACCCCAACGGACACCGCAUACUGCUGCACCUGGGACAGUUGUUGGUGCGGUGUGGGCGUCUGGGUCUGGGGGAGAAGGUGCUGCGGGACGCGGUGCAGGCCCAGAGCACGUCUCACGAGGCAUGGAGCGGCCUGGGGGAGGCCCUGCAGUCACAGGGCAGCAGCCAGGCUCCAGACUGCUUCCUCACAGCCCUGGAGCUGGAGGCCUCCUGCCCCAUCAGGCCCUUCACCAUCAUACCCCGCGAGCUGUGAGGAGCAGACAGAGGCUACUACUGUAUGACGUGUUUAUGAAUACACACGUAUGCACAGGCACACAUAACGUAUGAUCAUUUAAAUGUACACAUUUCUGCAAUAUAUCUUCUCUUGCCCUUUCUCACUCUUUUUUUGCUCUCUCGCUUCUCUCUUGCCCCUCUCCCCCCUUCUCUGCUCUCCUCAUAUCUACAGUGAGCUCCAAAAGUAUUGGUACAGUGACAUAUUUUGUUGUUUUGGCACUGUACUCCUGCACUUUGGAUAUAAAAUGAAAUGACCAUGAGGUUAAAGUGCAGACUAUAAACUUUAAUUUGAGGGUAUGUUCGUCCAUAUCGGGUGAACCGUUUUAGAAAUUACAGAACUUUCUGUACAUAGUC